UGUAUUUAAAUUUUAUUAUACUUCUACAUCGAUUUAUGAAAGCAUGUAAAAAGCUUUUUUCUAAGAAUAUUCGACUGGAAGUUGUAUUAGAAAAUUAUCUACGAUGUUUGCUAAACCUUAUAAAUUAAAAUCAAAUAAUACACUGAAGAAUACAGAAAAGAAACACCUCGCUCAACGAAUACUACAUUAUUUUCCGGGGGUUACUGAAGAAAAAGUUAAAGACCUGGUGCCAGUGAAGUCUACUAGCAGUUGUAUGAAGUUGGUGCUGCAUUCUGGUGAAACAGUGGGUGUAUAUGUGGUGGACGGUCUACCUAUCAUGAUUGAAACUGAAGAACAAUUAGUGCCAACUGUGUGCGCCCUGUGGAAGAUCCCUGAUCUGAUUCCAACCAUCACAAUUCACACGCCAGUGCUGGCUAAGGUGCUGGGUGGUGCUCCAUUAUACCUGCCCGGGGUGACACUGCCACCGGGUGGUGUGGGCUUUCCAAGAUUUGCCCGUGGCUCAUUAUUAGCAGCAUGCACCUUGGACAAUAGCGCUGCUGCUAUUGUGGGCCGCUCCAUGCUCUCCAGUGGUGAUAUGCUGCUCAGAGCUGCGGGUACAUGUUUAGAAUCUAUACAAGUGUAUGGAGACCUUUUAUGCAAAGAAACAAAGUUUGACAAAGUUGAGCGACCGAAGCUUGGACCUCCAACCUAUGGUAACACUACCCCUGACAGCCUCGCUACAGAUAUUAGUCAAUUAAAUAUACAACUAAAUGUAAAAGAAGAAUGGCCAAGCUUAACAAAACAGAUGGACCAAACGGAAGCGCCCGCGCCGGUACCAAAUGAGCCAAAAUUAAUACCAGAAAUACCACACACUGAAACCGUAGAUAAUACUGAAGUAAUUGAAAAUGAGGAUAGUAUUAUAACAGAGUGUCCCCAAGUGGAGGAGCCUAGUAUACCUGCAGAUAUGGACGGGCUGCUACAGUGGUGCCUCCUGACUUUCAUCAAACUAGAGAGCAAGCGCAUAGAGCUACCGCUCAAAACCAAUUUACUAUACAAAAAUCACCUGAUGUCCCUGUGUCCAUCAGACCGAACUCUGGAGGUGAAGAAAUCCAGCUACAAGAAGAUGGGGAAAUUCUUAGAAAGCAUGCAGCAGCAAGGUCUGCUGGAGGUGCGCGAGAUAGAGAAGGGCGUGGACGCGGUGGUGGCACUCAACGCGGCGCAUCCGCUAGUAGCCGCACACGCGGCCGUCCGGGCGACCUCCACGCGGACCACACCCACACACGCGCCGGCCCAGCCGCCGCUCGUGCGAGAGAUGUUCUGCGUGACGGCCGCCGUCGCUGAACUGUUCCCCGCGCACAAAAAAGGCACACCAUUGACUCCAGCGGAGGUCCGCUCCACCCUCACGGAGUAUGUCAAGUCGAGGAACCUCAACUCCUCGCAGCAGAAAGGCGCCGUCACGCUGGACGCGCUGCUGUCGAAGAUUGUCAGCAAACCUGAACUGGAUCACAUAAAGUGGGAAGAGCUGAUGUCAGGCGUACAGAACAAGAUGACGUCGAGUACAGAGAUGCGGUUCGCAGACGGCAGCGUCAAGCUCAUUAAAUCCAAACUGGAGCCAAUUAAAAUGCAAGUUGCUACCAGGAGCGGCAACAAAAAGGUUACCCUGGUAUCAAACCUCGAGUCCUUUGGAUUCAACCUGCAAUCACUGAGCCAAGAGUGCCAACAUGGAGUGGCGGCCUCGUGCGGGGUCACCAGGUCGCCUGGCUCCAAGUUCGACCAGUUAAUGCUACAGGGAGAUCAGACCUACUAUGUGGCGAAAUUAUUAAUUGAAAAAUAUGGAUUACCUAAGAAAUUCGUGGAGGGCGCCGACAAAGCACUGAAGAAGAAAAAGUGUUAAAAAUACAAUAUUAAUAAGUUGAAAAUGUGAUAUAUUUUUAUGUGGUAUUAUAAAAUAAAACACAUACUAAGAUUCUGUAUAUUUAAUUAUUA